AUGGUAACUAGUCCUCCUGCCACACGCCGAAAACGCGAACUUGACCCAUUCAUGCGAACCCGGAUCUGUGAACUCAAAAACACAGCUAAAUGGUCAUACAGCCAAAUUCACGAGCAAUACCCCGACAUUCCAAUUUCGACCAUCAAAUCAACAGUCAGGCGCGAGAAAUUCCGCGUCAAUAAUCAAACUGCCCCUCGCAGUGGACGGCCGCGCAAGAACAGGAGCGAAAAAACUAUCAAGUUGACCGCUGCUGCUGGUACUAAGACGAAAGACAAUAAUGAUAACCCGACGUACGUAUAG